CCUAUAUCGAUCCUUUCCCUUUUUCCGAGCUUGUUGUGUGUGCAUGCAGAAUGCCUUAUGGAGCCCUUUUCUGCCAGUGCAAGCAGUAGUGAGGCUAAGUGUGAGCCUCAGUCUGGGAGAAUACAAAGGCUCGAUGAAGCUGUUGUCAAUAGAAUUGCAGCUGGAGAGGUAAUACAGAGGCCUGCAAAUGCGAUCAAAGAAAUGCUUGAGAACAGUCUUGAUGCUGGCUCAACCAUGAUUCAAGUGACUGUCAAGUCAGGUGGUCUGAAGUUGAUACAGAUUGCUGACAAUGGGAGUGGAAUCAAAAGAGAAGACAUGGCCAUUGUGUGUGAGAGGUUCACAACCAGCAAACUGAGGAAGUUUGAAGACCUGUCCAGCAUCAGUACUUAUGGGUUCAGAGGAGAGGCACUUGCUAGCAUCAGCCAUGUUGCACAUGUUACCAUUACUUCAAAAACUGCCGAUUCAAAGUGUGCAUUUAAAGCUAUGUACAAAGAUGGUCAGCUAGCUCUACCUAGAUCCGGAGCAACUGCUGACCCUAAGCCGUGUGCUGGCACUCGUGGGACAAUGAUUGUGGCCGAGGACUUGUUCUACAAUGUGACCACUAGGAGAAAAGCACUCAAAAGUCCCUCAGAGGAAUUUGGAAGAGUUGCCGAUGUUGUCACCAAGUAUGCAGUCCAUAACUCUGGAGUUGCAUUCUCACUCAGAAAGCAAGAGGAGACAGCUGCAGAUAUCAAGACCCUUCAGGGCAGUACCAUCAAAGAGAAUAUAUCCUCAUUGUAUGGUUCGUCUGUGGCUAGGGAGCUGCUUGAGGUUGAUAGUGAUGAUGCUGAGUUGGGGUUUAAAAUGCAAGGGCUUGUCACAAAUGCCAACUACUCUGUGAAGAAACUCCAGUUCCUGUUGUUCAUAAAUCAUCGUCUUGUUGACAGUGGUGCUCUCAAGAAGGCCAUUAUGGUCGUGUAUGCUGCUUACCUACCUAAAGGAACUCACCCCUUCAUAUACUUAAGCAUUGAGAUCAGUCCAGCCAAUAUUGACGUCAACGUCCAUCCCACUAAGCAUGAGGUGCACUUCUUGCACGAAGAGAGCAUUGUAGAGGCCAUCCAAAAAGGCAUUGAGCAGAGACUUCUUGGCUGCAACUCAUCCAGGACCUACUUCACCCAGGCGCUACUACCAGGUACCGCACUGUCCCUCUCUGACUCACUGCACAAGAAGGGUACUUCUGGGACCAGUAAAGAAGGAAAACAAGAUACUCCUACAUAUGCAUAUCAGAUGGUGAGAACUGACUCUAGAGAGCAAAAACUGGAGGCUUUCUUUGGGCCAGGAUCAACACAGCAACACAACCAGCCCUCCGACGAGCAGUCUGAACCGAUGGAUGAUAAUGCCUCACCCAACCAAUCAGGGGGUGUAGCGCACACUGCCUCGGUGGAGAAGAGGAGGCACUCCAGUGGUGUGUCAGGCGUCCUUCGCCCAUUUAGAAAGAAGGCUCAUCGCAAGGAGAUUAGGCUGACGAGUGUGCGCAGUCUGCAGCUGGCAGUGAGGGGACAGCAGCACACAGAUUUAACUGAGCUCUUUCAGAAUCACAAGUUCGUAGGUUGUGUCGACCAGACCAGAGCUCUAGUACAACACCAGACAAAGCUGUAUCUGGUUGACCUUACCAAGUUAAGCAAGGAGCUUUUCUAUCAGCUACUCUUAUUCGAUUUUGCCAACUUUGGGAAUUUGACUCUAACACCUCCAGCUCCAAUGUAUGACGUGGCCAUGAUUGCUCUGAACUCCCCGGAUAGUGGCUGGACAGAAGAAGAUGGACCCAAGGAGAAACUUGCUCAGUACAUUGUUGAUUUCUUGAAAUCGAAGGCUGAAAUGCUCAGAGAUUAUUUCUCAUUAGAUGUUCGAAAGGAUGGGUGUGUCCACAGUCUCCCCCUCCUCCUUCCUUCCUACUGCCCUAACCUAGACAAACUGCCAAUGUUCCUAGUGAGGCUGGCUACAGAGGUUAACUGGGACAAUGAGAAGGAGUGUUUCCAGACGUUGGCUGCCGAGACCAGUGAUUUCUACUCAAUUCGGAAUGACCCUUUCCUGUUAGACAGCCAAGAGCAAUCAGGUAACAAACAGCACCCUGCUGAUGGAGAAGUGCCAAGUCAGAGCAAAGGGUCACAAGAGAAAGGGAUUGAGGUAAGAACUAUCAAAAUGAAAAGUCGUGUUUUUCACGUUUUUCUUCUCAAGGUGAGAGCAGAUUGUAUCCCGGAGUUGUACAAGCAUUCUCCUUGGCAAUGGACUGUGGAACAUGUUGUCUUCCCUGCACUGAAGUCUGACUUUAUUCCGCAAAGAAAAAUGGCAGAAGAUGGCAGUAUCUUACAGAUAGCUGACCUACAUGACCUCUAUAAGGUCUUUGAGAGGUGUUGACUGAACGCGUGCACAUUAAUUAUUUAUUUUCAUUGAUUAACGUGCAUGUACAUAAUUAUGCUUAUUUUAAUCACUUGAUUACAAUCGUACAAUCAUUUCAUCUUAUAGCUGCAACAUUCAUCUGUCAUCAAUUACAAUCAA